AUGACAGUUCUUGCUACAUGGGCCUCUAUGCCUCCUUAUUGUCGAUACUGUCAUUCCCAAGAGCAUGCUCUGAUAGACUGCGACUUACGUAAAACGGCUACUAUCUGCCAUUUUUGUAAUGCUCCUGGUCAUAUUGCAAAAAACUGUCCUCGUCGUUCUGAAGUAAAGAAAUCUAAUUUGGCCAAGAAGGCUCGUAAGGUCUCUAAAGUAACUUCUUUAGUUGAUCGUCCUCCGGUUAUUGUAACUAAUCCGGUUCCUUCUUCUGCUGAUGUUAUUGCUUCUGCCUUAGUUUCUUCUCCCGACCAUACUGUCAUCAU